CCAAACACUUGAGCAUGGCAUGAGACAGACAACAGUAACAUGCGACCCGGCCAGCGCUGGUUGGCGACGACUAUGCUUCUCAUCAUCACGCAGCGAUCAGAAAUGAAACCAGACGUACUUACAGACGACCAAGAUUUCUACAAAGAGAACCCAAACAUCAGACACCACCAUCGUCACAAGCACAAAUUCACAAACACACCAAAUUUUAAUAAAGAUAGCGACUUGUACGAUCCUAUUAGUAACUUCAAACAAGGUCUACAAUUAAUCGAUACGGAUUUAGUUUAUGAUAUGAUACCUCUGAGAGAUGAAAGAGAAAGUGAUUGGUUAAAUAUGUCUAAUGAUCAAAUAGGUGAAAUUAAAGAUAAGAAACAUCCGCAUUGGCCUAUAAAGAGAGAAGCGGUGAUUGAAGGUGAUUUGGUACUUGGAGGAUUGAUGAUGGUGCACGAGAGGUCUGAUAAUAUGACGUGUGGUCCAGUGAUGCCACAAGGUGGUGUUCAGGCAUUAGAAACUAUGUUAUACACUUUAGAUAUAAUAAACAACGAACUCAAAUUACUGCCAGGAGUAACCCUUGGCGCUCAUGUACUAGAUGACUGUGAUAAAGACACUUAUGGAUUAGAAAUGGCGGUGGAUUUCAUCAAAGGUUCUAUAAGCAACAUCGAUGAUGCAGAGUACGCUUGCAACGCGACUGCUGUUCGCAAGGUGAUAUCAGGAGUGGUGGGAGCAGCUUCUAGUGUCACUUCUGUACAAGUUGCCAAUUUACUUCGACUCUUCAAGAUACCACAGGUGUCAUUCUUCUCGACGUCCCCCGAGCUCUCUAACAAGGCUCAAUUCGAUUGGAAUUUCUCUGCGUGAUGUAUCACCAGAACAAUCCCAUCUGAUCUUCAUCAACUGAAAGCGAUGGUGGAAAUUGUUAAGCGACUAGGGUGGAGUUACGUGUCCAUUAUUUACGAAGAGUCCAGUUAUGGGAUUAAGGCUUUCGAAGAGUUGGAAGCACUGCUGGCGAGGAAUGGUAUCUGCAUAGCGGUGAAGGAGAAGCUGGUGAAGGACUCCGGUGUGGCUGAAGAGAAUUCCUACGACAACAUCAUCAAGAAGUUGCUUAUGAAGCCAAGAGCUAGAGGUGCCAUUAUUUUCGGUUCAGAUCAAGAAGUGGCUGGAGUUAUAUAUAUAUAAUAUAUAUAUGCAUUCAGCUGGGUCGGAUCUGACGGCUGGAGCGCUAGAUCCCUGGUAUCGGAUGGGAACGAACGAGCUGUGGAGGGAACAAUCAGUGUCCAACCCCAGGCCCAUGACGUCAAAGGAUUUACCGACUACUUUCUGUCGUUAAACGUGAAGAAUAAUAAGAGGAAUCCAUGGUUUGUCGAAUUUUGGGAGUACCACUUCCAAUGCCGCUACCCGGGGAGUCCUAGGACUCCGUACAAUUGGCAGUACGAGCGCUACUGUUCCGGAGCUGAGAGACUGACCAUAGACAAUACAGAAUUCGAGAGGCAGCUCCAAUUCGUCUCUGACGCUGUCAUGGCCUUCGCUUAUUCUAUAAGGGACAUGCAUGUAGCCGUAUGUGGAGGGAAGCCAGGCCUCUGCGAUGCAAUGCGACCAGCCAGCGGUUCAGAUUUACUGCGGUAUCUUAGAAAAGUAAAUUUCACCGGUCUCAGUGGGGAUGGGUUCCAAUUUGAUCAAAAUGGAGACGGUCCAGCCAGAUAUAACAUCUUGCACUUCAAGCAAAUAUCGCAGGGCGUCUACCGAUGGGUGAACGUUGGACAGUAUCUUGAUGGAAAAUUAUUAUUAGAUCUCGAUGAUAUCCAAUUUAAAUGGGGGGAGCCUCGCCCGCCGGAGUCCGUCUGCAGUGCCGAGUGCGAGCUGGGACAGGCGAAACAAUACGUUGAGGGAGAAAGUUGUUGUUGGCAUUGUUUCAACUGUACCCAAUACGAGAUCCGGUCACCAUUAGUUGAGACAGCAUGCAUGGUGUGCCCUCGGGGUACUCUACCAGACCCCACCAGGACUCACUGCAGACCCAUCCCCGAAGCGUACCUACGACCAGACUCUGCCUGGGCUAUCGGCGCUAUGUCGUUCUCUUCUGUUGGCAUAUUACUUACAGCAUUUGUCUGUGGUGUUUGGAUGCGACAUAGCUCCACUCCCGUGGUCCGUGCGAGUGGCAGGGAGCUAUCUUACGUGCUGCUCGCCGGUAUCCUCAUGUGCUACCUGGUGACCUUCGCCCUAGUCUUCAGGCCUACCGAUAUACUCUGCUCAAUACAAAGAUUUGGCACCGGAUUUUGUUUCACUGUAGUCUACGCCGCGCUCCUAACAAAAACUAACAGGAUCUCGCGCAUCUUCAAUGCCAGCAAGCAUUCGGCGAAGCGGCCAAUUUUGAUAUCACCAAGCUCGCAAUUGGCUAUCUGCGCUGCCCUAAUCUCAAUUCAGGUGUUGAUAGUGGUAGUAUGGAUGAUCGUGGCCCCAGCGCGCGCAAUGUUCCACUAUCCGACCAGAGAAGACAACAUGCUGGUCUGCGAUUCCUACGUAGACGCAUCGUACAUGAUCGCUUUCUUUUACCCGAUCGUGCUCAUUUUGGUGUGUACGGUAUACGCAGUGUUGACGAGGAAGAUUCCAGAAGCUUUUAAUGAGAGCAAACAUAUCGGAUUUACAAUGUACACGACAUGCGUGAUUUGGCUGGCUUUCGUGCCGCUGUACUUCGGUACGGCCAGCCACGUGCCACUUCGUGUUACCAGCAUGGCUGUCACAAUUUCCCUCAGUGCCAGCGUUACGCUCGUCUGCUUAUUCUCUCCAAAGUUAUACAUAAUUCUAAUACGGCCAGAACGGAAUGUUCGUCAGAGUAUAAUGCCGGUGCGGUAUAGCCGCAAGCCUGCGCCUACGCAUGCUGUAUCGCACACCAUAAAUAAGAAACCUCCAUGUGCUGACAAAGGGACACAAACAGAGCCAUCGGACUUCACUAAAUUAAUAAACGGCCAAACGAAAAUAAUUAACGAUAAGAAAGAAAACAACGAGGCGCAGAAAGUAGAUGAAAAACCCAAAGAACCAAUCCAAUGCAACAACAUUAAUUCAGCCGUCAAUAAUAUCACCGACAAAACCAGUAAUGUAUACGUUGGUAACGAUAAAGCAGUAACAUUAUAGCAACAGCAUUCAUCUAAAUCGCUCACAGAGGUUUUCACGAAAAAGAAUAACAGUAGUUUAAAAAAGAAAAGUUGCUCUUGUAAAAUGAGAGAGCGCAAACCUGUAAUUGUCUAGAUUUGAUACAUAUGAAUAACUUAAUAAUGAGGAAUCUAUAGUUCUUCCUUUUAAUGUAAUUUAUAAACGUAGCAAUUUAAAUAUAAUGGAACGCAUCGUUAAAAUUUGUGUAAAGAUUAACAUAAGCCGCUUUGUAUAUUACAAGCCAAUAUAUUCCAUUAAUAUAUACUGCAAAAUUAUAAACUCCUGUCACAAUAUUAGUAAUUUAUGUAAAUAAAUCAUAACUUUCACAUAAAAACAUAGAAAGAGCUAGUUGUAGAUUCUACCAUAUGUAAAUUGGAUGUAUAUAUAUACGACGUAAAGACAAAUAGUGAUGUGUUAUGUAUAUAUGAUGUAUUUAAUGUUUAACAUUAUAUUUGUUAUAUCAAAUAUUUAGUAAAUAAGAUAAUGAAUAUCAAAUAACAUGCACAGGGUAUAGCUGUGAGCCAGGACAGUAAUGACAGACUUCGAUUUCGCUUACUAUAUGCAAUGUUUAAGUAUUAAGACUGCUGAGUCUGGUUAGUCUACAUAUUAAUAAGAGAGGAAAAUAAUAAAUUAAUCAAUUAGAAAGUAAGUGUGUAUCAAUAUGUAAAUGAAUAAUCUUUUAUCUAUAAAUCUAUACUUAAUCUACCAGUUACCACCUUUAUAGGUAUCUGCCAUAAACUCUAGUCCGUAACAUAAUUAUAUCGACGUACGUAAUGCUUUCUAUCAGUUGCCAUUACAUUUUUGAUAUUAAAUUCUGAUAGGGAACGUAGUAAAUGUAAUAUGUUGGAGAUUGGAAUGGUUCCUAAUGGAAUGCAAUUCCAUUUAAUUAAUCAUUAACAUAGAUAUUUUAAUUAUUUUAAUGCAUAUAUAAAUUAAUGAUUGACGACAUCUAGUCUGAUCUACAGUAGUUGUUAAUAUACA